CCCGCAGCAUGGCCGCGCCCAGGGCCGGCCGUCCUCCGUGGCGCACCGCCCCGUGACCCGGCCGGGCGCCCGCCCCGCCCCCUGCCACCUGGCGGCCGCGCUCGGAAACUGUGUGCUCGUGUGUCUCCGCUAGAUGGCGCCGGCGGCGUGCAUUGACCCUGCCUGUUCUGUCUCUGCCGCAGUGAAAAACGAUGGCAGUUCCACGCUGCAUUUGGUGAUAAUGCUGGUGUCACUGGUAGGCCUGAUCUUUCUCUUCUUCACCUUUGUUGCACUGUGCUACAGGCGUCGCAGCACCACGCCCAAAUACGGGCAGCACCUGGGCAACAAGCAGGGCUACCCGUCGCUGGCCCUGCCGCUCAACAACCGCAGCUCGAGCAGCGCCGAGGACCUCGAGGCCAGCCGCAUGAUCACCUUCGGGUCGAUGCCCAGCUAUAGUUCGUCGUUCCCCAGGGAGCACAAGACGCAGCAGCCGCGCCAGAGUCCGAACCCGCGCGGCUUUCCGGCCGGGCACGCUGCCGCCGGCGGCGGGGCGCCCAACCGGCUGCCCGGCCCGUCGGCGCAGCUGGGCGGCGCCCACCCCGGCGCCCACCCCGGCGCCCACGGCGCGCACGUCGGACAGCACGGCGGCUCCCUGCACGGGAUGCCGCACGCCGGGCCCCACGCCGGGCCCCACGGCGAGGCCCACGGCGGGCCGCACGGCGGCUCCCACCGUGGCUCGCAUGCGGGCCUGCACGCGGGCGCGCACGGCGGCAGCCACGCCAGUCUGCCGGCGCGCGGCGGCCUGCCGCUGACCGGGGCCGGGGCCGCCGCCAUGGAGCCAGAUGACGAUGACGGCUUCCUGGACCCGCGCGGCAGCGCCGUCGGCAAGCCGCCCGAGAAGGGCAUCCUGAAGAAGGCGGUGGCGGGCAGCGGCAGCCUGUACGGCAGCGUGGCCGGCGACCGGUGGGCCGAGGAGAGCCAGUCGGACACGGCCGAGGCGCUCUCUCAGUCAGACAACAACCACGACUCGGACACCAACGGACAGGUGACCGAGGUCGAGCGCACGCUCAAGUCGCUCAACGGCUACCACGAGGACAUUCUGGAGGCGCUGCGCAACGCGGCCAGCACGCGCGGCACCUCGUCCGCCUCGUACUCGGACGAGCUGCGUAAGUCUCUGACCCUCAGCUCCAAUCCUGAACUGGCUCGGGCGGGGGCGUCGCUGCUCGGCUCCUCCGAGCCGGACGGAUCGGCCGACGCGCUGCCGCGACAGGCCACCAUCCGCAUCCGCAACCUGGAGGACCUGAUCCGCCAGCUGGAGCAGCCGGCGCUGCGGCUGCGCUCGCCGUCCAGCUCGGACGACGUGCGCCUGAGCGAGACCGAGGCCGACCGACAGCUCCGGCUCGAGAGCUCGUCCUGCACUGAGUCGCAGGGGCGAAGGAGCGAGUUCAGCGCUGCAGGGUUCGUACUGGGGCGCUACCGAGAGCCAGCCAGCGGCUCCCCAUCGGACAAGCUGAGCGGCACCUCGGAGGGCACCAGUCAGCCGUACACCGACGACGGCACGGCCGUCACCGGCGAGACAGAGAGCGAUGACUUCCUGGACCGGGCGCUGGCGCGGGCGAGCCGGGCGGCGGCGGCGGCGGCGGCGGCGGGAGCGGCGGCCGCCGCGGCCGCCCAGAUCCAGUCCUACACGCUCGAGUCGCCGCAGUCGGACGACUCGGAGCUGGCGCAGAGUUUCCGCGAGUACUCGCACUGACACGCGCCGCGGCGGUAGGCGGCGCCGGCCGGCCUGCCGCCGUCAGCGCGGUGCUGGCUGCCCUCUCCAGUACGGGUUACGGGCCGCGGUCCUCGGACUCAGACCGCCGGCCCGCCUCCGACGCCGGCGACUCAGGACUGGCCACCAGGAACUCCGGACUGGGGGUUCGACAAUCGAGGUCCAAGACCUGUUAUUUUCAGUCGCAGGCGUGUCAUGUGAUCUCUCGCCCAGUGGGCUGGAGCCCCUGGGUCCAAGUUCGAUCUCCAAGAGCCGACCUCUCGGCUACCAGGUGUUUGAGUGUGCAGUGGUGCGGUCCGGGGCGUGGGUUCGCCUCGGCCUGGAGCUCUCUCUCUGCCUGUCUCGCCGGUGAUACCGCUCGCUGGCGGUGCGAAUGACGAGCUAGAGACUCGUGGACUCGGCCAGUGGGCCCCUGCUCAGAGACAUGCCCGCGACCGGGCUGGACGCGACCGUACGCCGUUGUCCGCCGCACCGGCACGGCGCCUUUUUAUUACCAGGUUUGUAGGCGAGUGAUAGGUGGGCGCCGACUGUGGGGGCGCUGGGGCCGCCGUCCGGCCCGUCGCGGUUGCUGUCUGUAUGUUGCGUGUCGCUUGGAACGGGGUGGCGGCUGGCUCACGGCAGUGUACCGAUGUGUCCCGGUGGAGCGGCACAGCCGACCCGGGGCCGGCGUCUCAGAUGUGUUGGGCGUGUCAGGGUCCGGGGGCUGGUGUCGCUAGCUGUGCUCGGGGCGCGGCCUGGCGUCAGAUGUGCUAGGGGCGUAGAUGGAGGCUGGUGCCGAGCUGGGGGUGCCCGAGCUCUCCCAAUUCCACGCCGGCUUGGCUUUGGAGCCGCAGCAGACGGUGGAGUUCAAGGUCACCGCUAGGGCGGCGGCGGAUUUGUUGCGCCCGGGCACCCCCAGCUCGGCACAAAGUUCCACCUAUGGCUGGGGGUAGGGUGCCAGGACCCGGGGCCGGUGUCAGGUGCUGGGGUGCCAGGACCCGGGGCCGGUGUCAGGUGCUGGGGUGCCAGGACCCGGGGCCGGUGUCAGGUGCUGGGGUGCCGGGACACAGGGCCGGUGCCAGGUGCUGGGGUGCCGGGACCCGGGGCCGGUGUCAGGUGCUGGGGUGCCAGGACCCGGGGCCGGUGUCAGGUGCUGGGGUGCCAGGUUGCAGCGCGCACAAUCUCCGCACAGCUCUAGAAAUUCGCACAGCGUGUGCCACCUUUGAGGCACAUCCGCGCGGCUGUUUGAUACCACGCCCUUCGUCGCAGUGCCGCCUGAUCGUGGCAGUGUGAGAUGCGGCGCGAUAGGACGGUGUCCGGAACCGGACGUCAGUCAGGUCGGUGCGGCGCGCUCCCUCGGCUGGCUGCCGUAGUAGCCGGGCGGGCCGGCGUCGCUCGGCGCCGGUCAGCAGCGGCUCGGCGCCGGUCAGCAGCGGCGGCCUCGCCACCGUCCGCCGUCCGGACCGGCGGCACGGCACCGGCCGUAGGUAGCGCGCGCCGCGCACCGGUCCGUGUACAACAGAGGGCGGACAACGCCCGUGCGGCCGGCGCGCCUCCUGUGAUACACCGGCGACGUUUUCAAUGGACACUCGCUCAAACCGUCUGCGCCGGUGCGCGUCCGUCUGGUGCGGCACCCUGUGUGCGGUGUGCAGUGGAACGGGGGCGAUUCGGGCCUCUGCUGACCUCCAGCCGGCCCCGGCUCACGACUGGCUCGGCCGGACAAUCACUCUCAGCAGCGCAGAACCGUUCACUUUCAGCAAUAUGUAACUAAGGUGUAGGUCAUCCGCACUGCCAGAUAGUAUUCUAUCUCUGUCCCUCGGCCGGCCAGCCCGAUUCUCUGCUCUGUACGUCCGCGAGUAGCGUCUUCCUUCGUACUCUUUGUGCCGACUCAGUGUAGGUACCGUUAUGUUGUCUUCUUCCCAACUUACUCUGUUUGAUUUUACCGGUGAUCCUGAUCCGAAGGAGAAGGAGUCAUAUUUCAGAUUUCUGUAUAGGUUAUAGUUAUGUGUACCUACCUAAAAAAUACCAGAAACUGGCUUUAGAUUGUUAUGCGUUUUGUAUUCUCGGGGGUGAAAAACGCGACCCCUUUGUAGUGACAUGUCUGCAUCGCGACUUUUGUCUAUUCUGAGUUAGCUUGCUGUUCAAAAACAUCAUUUACGAAUAUGUAUUAUCAACUGUGAGCGAUGAUUGCCCAGACUGAGCACAAGUGAGAAUGAAGUGAACCGGUAAAUAUAGGAGAGAUUGGUAAACUUUGAGAGAAAAACGCGAGUCAGUGAGUACCUAUGCUUCUGAGUGAUCGGAGGAGUAGUUAGUUAGUGAGCGUGUGAUUGGCAAUUGAGUCAAUCAGUGAGUGAGUGAACCAGUGAGUGAGUGAGUCAGAGAAGUCGGGGAUUGAGUGAGUGUGUGAGUGAUUGAGUUAUGGAGUGAGUGAGUCAGUAAGUAAGCGUGUUUGUCAGUGAGUGCGUGAGGUCAGGGACUUAGUAAGUCAAUGAGUAGGUGAGUGAGUGAGUGAGUGAAUGAGUGAAUGAGUGAAUGAGUGAAUGAGUGAAUGAGUGAAUGAGUGAGUGAGUGAGUGAGUGAGUGAGUGAGUGAGUGAGUGAGUGAGUGAGUGGGUGAGUGAGUGGGUGAGUGGGUGAGUGAGUGAUCGGCGCGGCCUGUGCAGUGCGGUCGGGGUCUCAUUCUUACCACCUCCGCCGCCAUUGGGCUUCACUUCACAGGUAGUAGCCGUGACCGCGCCGCUGUUCCGACGUAUCUGCGGUGUGUCGGACGUGUUCCGACGUGUCUGCGGUGUGUCGGACGUGGGCUGACGUGUCUCCAAUGUGUCGGACGUGGACUGACGUGUCUGCGGUGUGUCGGACGUGGGCAGGCCGAGGCAGGCCCCGCGGCCAGGCCGAGUCGUCCUGUCCCCAAUCUACAGUGCCAAAUACACAUAAAAAUGCA